AUGAAGAGAUCACCUGGCACAAAGAAAAUAACAAGCCAGUCCUUCAGAUUCUUUUGCAACUUCGCUUUACCGAGUGUCUCAUCUACUACUGUUGUUGUCUCUGCUGCUAGUGCUGGUCUUCCUAUUCCUGCUACCACUAGCCAAUCUGUUCCUGUCGCCUCUGCCUCUGCUCAGCUCCCAGGUGUUCGAUUUCACUUCACCCAAGAGCAAACUGCAAUGGCAGAUGCUCUUGAGAUUCCAGUAGCCUUACGCCGUACUGGUAAUGCUCUAAAACUUCAGGAGCAUUACACUCGAUACCUUGCUCUUCUUGAGGCUGAGAAGAAAUUCAAGAAGAUGCAGAAGGAUGGGACUUGGCCAGGUGGACUUAGACUGCCUGUCGGUAGAGACAUUCCAAAUCUCUUCAUUGGCAAAUCGACUUGGCAUGACUUUUGGACCAAGACUUUUCCUCAUGUAGCGGAGUAUCCAGAGAUGGUAAAGUGGCUGAGUGAUGAAGAGGAAUGUAUGGAGACGGAAGAGUUGUUUGGGGUGAAGUUGAAGGCAUAUCACUUUGCAGAGCUUCUUGCAUGGGUGCAGAAUGGAGGAUCGUUGGUUAAGCCGAAGAAAGGAGCAGCAAAGGAUGCAUCUGCGGCGACUUCUAGCACAUCCAAGAAAGCAUCUACAUCAAAGAAGCCUGCUGGAUCUGCUAAGAAGGUGGCCACUUCCAAGAGUGGAUCUUCCAAGCGCAAAUAUAGUUUGAAUCUUUUCGGUCUUUUGGGUGCACUGGUUCUUUCCUAUUAUCUGGAUGGUCUUGCUGGCAACUUGAGCUUUUUGGCCUACAUGAUUGCUCUCACUGGACUGAGUUCUCAGUUAGCUCUGCUUUUGUGGAUGACAUUCUUGAUUCCACAUGUCUUAGCAAGCCCACAGUCUGCUCCAUUCCCAGACAUAAGCUUUCAAGACUUUAGUGACUUCAUUAUCAACAACUUUGGUGAAAAAAUAUCUCUGCCAACAGUUUUCAUGAUGUUGCUGUCAAUGACCAACAAUACAGAGCUUCUCUCUCUCAAUUUUAAACAAAACCCUGGACCUAAGGCAACAUCAUGGAUUAAGUGUUUAGCACGUGCAAUUAUUGAACAACUUGGUGACAAUGAUGCAGAAACCCUAUUCUCAGAACAUGAGCUAUCCAUGUUUAAAAAUGCAACUGCUAGAGAGAGUAAUGUUUCAUCAUUAGCUGUGAAACUUGGUGGAUUCUCACAUUUAUUGGGCCUUUACCCAUACAAUAAUAAACAAAAAUUCACUGGUACUUUGAAGCACAUAUCACACAGUUCCAUUCAACCAGCACUGUUGAUUUGCCCAAACUCUUCUGUCUGUUUAACUGCAGGCUGUGGGCGAUGUUUUUUAAAACAAAAUACCCAAACACGCCAUAUUCCAAGAGUGACUUUAAUCAAAGGCACAGAGGUCUUUAAAAAUGUUCAGUUGCUUUCUGGAUAUUGUAACAACUGUGAAACUAUUUAUUAUGCAGAUCAUGAACGUACAGCUUCAACUGUGAAUACUGAAGCUAUGCAAUUAUAUCUGAACUCUGCAUUGUAUAUUAAAAUUUGCCAGAAGCUUUGGGUUGACCGCAAGUUUUCAUCUUCAGUGAUGAAUGGAAUAUAUCAUCUUCAUGCAUCUACAUCUGGCUGGGGAAAUUAUUUCAAUGACACUUAUGGCAAUGACUGUAUCACACUGUCUCGCCGCCAGGUGUGGGCUGCUUUCAUGCAGGAAUCUAUCCGGCAGGCAUCUGAAAUAUCGGGGGUUGAUUUUGUCACUCGAGAUGUAUCAUCAAUAGAGGAAGUAACAGAAGAAGCUUUUGCAGCUUUAGGAAAUGGUGGUUUAAUUCAACCAGCUAAAGGUCAUGCAUGUGCUGAGUGUUCACAACCAUAUCGAGCAACAUCAGAUGUGGUUUUGAACCCAAAUAAUGAUCCUUCCACUUCUGCACAGAACACAGUUCAGAUGCGGAAUGUAACCAUGAGAGUAAUUGAUGGAAUGGUUAAUGGCACAAAGCAUUGUGCUGCUGAUGGUUGCAUUGGUGAUCUACUUAAUUAUCGAGGAGGUGCCUUGUGUCGAGUACAUGAACAUGAGUUUGGCGAUCGCUGUCGUGUUAGAGAUUGCACAGAGACCUUGGUUCGCCCCACAAAGGCCUGUGCAGCUCAUCAAAGUGUUUGGAAUAAAUACCUGCUGGAUCACUCAGCUGCAAGUUUGGCAGGAUCAAAAAGAAUGUUGAACCGCCAGCAAGAAAAUCCAGAGUGGAAUCCUAGAUCUGAGCGUGAAGUUCAGCCACAUGACCAGCCAGCUCCAGAACCCAAAAAAUUAAAGCACUUUUUUGGUCCUGCAACAUUUUAUUGUGUUGAAACAAUUUGUUGUCCAUGUGGUGUUGUUGAAGCAUGGGCAAAAUUUGCCAAAUCAGAGUCAGAGUCAAACAUUCUGGCCUUUAUGAAGAAGGUUUAUCCUACAAAGGAAUCACGUCCAGAUUAUAUUUGCAUUGAUAAAGCUUGUAAAGUGCUUAAACAUAUGGCUGCACAAGGUCACUGGGAUGAGUGGUCAGAAACAACACGAUUGAUAGUUGAUACUUUCCACUAUGAGAAACAUUGGAAAGAAGAUGUUCUUUGUCGAAAAUGGUGUAAUCCAGCUCCCACAGAUGGGUCUGCUCCAAAUUUAGUUAUAAAAGCCAUAGCUUCUGAUGGAUCAACAUAUGACAAACGAGCAUUUAAUACUCAGGCCUGUGAACAACUCAAUGCAUGGCUUGGAGGUUUUGAAUCAGUCCUCAAGAGAAUGACACCUCAAAACUACAACUGGUUUAUUCACACGAUGCUUUCUUAUCACACUAGAAAAGUUAUUGCCCGCCAAGCCAAAAAAGCAGCUAAAGUGAUGCAGGAAGAGGAAGGUGAUGAUACUGAAGAUGAUGAAGCUGAGUAA